AUGCAUGACCAACACCUCGCUGGACAAGGCCUUGAAGCUGUAGAUCAGAGGCUGUUGAGCUGUGCCAUAGGCGCCUGCCAGGAGGGCGCUCAAUGGCAAGAAGCUUUGCAUCUCCUGGGCAUGAUGCCCAAAGGGCCUGGCAAUCCCCAGCACCGCGUCCCUGCCCUGGGUGCGGCCUGCAGCGCUUGCGAGCGGUGCUUACGGUGGAGGAAGGCUUUGUUACUUGCCGAAGGCCUGCUCGAAGAGGGACUUCGCUCCAACGUGGUGCUCCUGGGCAGUGUGUUGAGCGCUUGGUCCCGUGGCUUUCAAUGGGACCAUGCGCUGAAACUCCUGGCAGAGAGAGGAGUCCAGAACAACAUCAUCACCUACACUGCAGCCAGCUCUGCCAUGGAGAAGGCACAGCACUGGCGCUGGGCUUUGGAACUCUUCUUGAACGCAGGAGCCCAUGGCUUGCGGUUCAACGUCCAAAGCUUCAGCUGCCUCCAAUCAGCCUGCGCUGAGCACGGCCAGUGGACCAUGGCAGUGGCCAUCAUGAAGAUCAUGUCCGACUACAGCGUGACUGGCAAUGAUGCUUGCAAGAAUGCAUUGGAGCUUUUGCCAUCAGACUACAGCUUCAAUGCCCUCGCGCGCGCUUCUCAACGUGGCAGAGCAUGGCAGGGUGUGUGCUGGGUCUUUGGCAGCAUGGAGGAGCAGACAGGGCUGGCCCCCGAUGUCAUGACACUCGCAGCAGUCAGCGAGGCCUGCGAGCAAGGAGCUCAGGCUGCUGCUGUGCCAGAGCUGUGCAGCGAUCUCAAAGGCACCUUUUGUGCAGACGGAAACCAGGACGUUCUGGUUUUGGAGCUGCUCUCUGCCUUUGAUUCCUUGGACUCCACGACUUCGCACAGCUUUUGGCGGCGUCGGGCUCUUCCGGCUGCUCUCCGACUAGGAGGGAGCAGCACUUCAUUUGGUCAUGACCCUCUGAUGGGACAGUUUACCUUGGGAGAAUCCUUCACCCGCUGGGUUUGCGAUUCAAAAUAUGAGGCCUUCCUUGCCAGCGCACGUCUCAACGCGCGCCGUGGCUCCACCAGCAUUCAUGUCAUCGACGAGCCCUUGGCAACAGCUCUUGCCACUUGGUUGGCCGCAUCAUUUGCCACUCCGUCUCGGCUCGUGGGUCAUGGCGGAUCGGGUUUGGAUGGCACCCCUUUGCAGCCGGUGCUGGUGCGGGACGGGCAAAACGUGAGAGGUCUUCGGUCUUUGGCCAAAUUGCUGACGGUGGCUCGAACACUGCAGGACACUGUCCACUACCAUGCCCAUAAGUGCAUGAAGUGGUUUGACGCAUUUUACUCCAAGGCAAUGGAAACAGGUGCAAAGGAGAAAGCUGCAGGCAAUGUCCAGCAGCGGCAGCCCUUGUGGGCCGACGACUGUCCCCGAAGAGGCACCCGUAUGGAGAAGGACUUGCUAGGCUCGAAGGAGGUGCCCAAGAAUGCCUACUACGGAAUCCAGACUUUACGUGCAUUGGAGUGUUACAAUAUCACUGGCAUCAGGCUGAGGAAUUUCCCCGAGUUCAUUGUGGCCUUUGCCAUGGUGAAGAAGGCAUGCGCAAAUGCCAACUACAAGCUGGGCCUGCUAGACGUGAAGAAAAAGGAGGCGAUUGUGCGGGCAUGCAAUGAGCUUAUUGAUCCUCGCAAAGAUGCGGCUUGUCCAAUUUUCCAAACUCGCAUAAGUGGCGCUGGCACCUCCACCAACAUGAAUGCCAAUGAGGUCAUUGCCAACCGAGCAUUGGAGCUUUUGGGCCAUGAGAAGGGACAGUACGAGCAACGUAAGAGCUUCUUCCAGAAGGCUGAGGAGUUUGCAGAUGUAGUGAAGAUGGGACGGACCCAGUUGCAGGAUGCAGUUCCGAUGACGACCUUGGGCCAAGAAUUUCACGCCUAUGGCAACUCUGUGGCCAGUGAUAUAGAUGCUCUUACCAGUGCAGUGAAUAGGUUUACCACUUCAAAUCUGGGAGGGACAGCCAUUGGCACGGGCAUCGCAGCGGACCCGCACUUCUCCCAAGUGGCAGUGCAGGAGUUGAGGUCUGUCACUGGUUUCCCCAUGAUCCUGGCGGACGAUUUGAUCGAAGCCUCCAGUAGUGUCGGCGAUAUGAUCUACUUCUCUGGAAUGCUUCGGCGCAUUGCAGCCAAGGUGUCUAAGAUCUGCAAUGAUUUGCGGUUGCUCUCUUCGGGCCCGCGGUGCGGCCUAAGCGAGAUCAAUUUGCCGCCCAAGGCGCCAGGUUCUUCCAUCAUGCCGGGAAAGGCAGGGCGAUUCUCGAUGGGUGUCAAUCCAGUUAUUCCGGAGGUGAUGAAUAUGUGUGCCUUUGAAGCCAUCGGCAAUGACGUCACGGUGGCCUUUGGUGCAGAGGCCGGUCAGCUGGAGCUCAACGUCAUGGAGCCUGUGAUCAUCUACAAGCUCUUCAGUUCCAUUCGGGUUUUGUCCCGCGGCAUCAACACGCUGCGGGAACAUUGCAUUGAGGGCAUCACCGCUAACCGGGAGCAUUGCAAGGAGAUGGUGCACAACAGUAUCGGUGUGGUGACCGCGUUGCUUCCCCACAUUGGAUACAAGAAGUGCACAGAGGCAGCAGAUCGGGCCACUCGGGACAAACGCCCCGUGGCUGACAUCAUCGUGGAGCUGGGCUUUCUAAAGCGGGAGGAGCGGGCUAGCCGGCUGGAGCUGGAAGAUGGGAUUGGAGCUGAUGUCAAGUUCAAGCUGGGAACAAGCUUUUGCGUCCAUCCCUGCCGGCAGGAAGUGGAUAACCUCUUGCAACCUGAGUCCAUGUGUGGGCCAACUGCCAAAAAGGGAGGGCCGUGCCAGUGUGCCUUCUGCGACCUGGUGAAGAAGGUCUCGGAGAUCUUCCAUAACCAGGUGAAUCGCGAGGGCCGGCAGUGCAUCUACGUCCCACGUCGAGAGCUGCAAGAGAAGGCAGAAGCUCCAGAUGCUUGCCAGCUGAAGCGCUGUGGGUUUGAAGAAAUGCCUCAAGAACAGCUGGCCCAAUACCUUCGCGAGAAACAUGCUGAUGUGUUCUCUCGACUGGACAAGUUGUCUUGGGAAGCCAAGCAAGUUGAUGAGCAUGAUGAGAAGCCCAAGCAUGUCAUGAGCAAAGGCCAAAGGCCUGUGGAGUCGACCGAGUGCGCGUUCUGUGGUGCGCGAAAGCAUACUCACAAGUGGUUGUACAGGGCUGGCAAGAAAGGACUUCGGCGCUGCAAUGGCAGCACUUGCGCAGCUUGCUACCGUUCGGCCAUUCUCCUACGUGUUUCACGCUCCAAAGCUUUGAUUGAGAAUAGCGGGGCCAUUUCUAUUUUCAAGGUGCUGAGCAGUCGUGUUCGCCGUAACUUUGGCGAUGAGGAUGUUUGUGAGUGUGCUGAAUGCAAGCCAAAGACGUAG